CCUUAGCGGUAUCACAUUCGGACAAGCAGCACGUCAUUUUUGAGUAUUUAUUAAUCUCUCAGCGCAAAUUUUGGAGUCAGAAGCUGAAGAAAACCGAAUAAUUUCAAGAUAAAGUGAUCAGUCUUAUUCGAGAUGCUGCCGCGAAGACGACUGGUGGAACAAGUACUUCUGGUGUUUUUGGCGUUUUACUCCCAGGCGCAAGGAAAAGUUGAUGCAGGUUAUCAGAUGCAGGCGCGUAGCUGUGGAAUUCCGCAGAUACCGUCGUUUGAGGAGUUGGUAGUACGAGGACAGAAUGCCCGCCGAGGAGAGUGGCCUUGGCAUGCCGGAUUGUACCACGGAAGGACAAAGUACGUCUGUGGGGGAACUCUGAUAAGCGAAUUUUUCGUGGCAACAGCGGCUCAUUGCCUGUACGAUGAAACCAAUGAACAGUUUGUUGGCACUCGAGGAAUCCUGGUACGUUUGGGGGUCCACCAGCUGGAACGGGCACUGUCUGACAAUGCUGUUCAAACGCGUUUUGUUUCGAGAAUCAUUCGGAGCCCUGAUUUCGAUCGAACUACGCUGAAAAAUGAUAUCGCGCUGCUGCAAAUGAGAGAUCCCGCACGGUUUACCAAUUACGUGUACCCGGCUUGUGUCAAUCGUCGAGGAUUGGUAGGAAAGAUCGGAACAGCUAUUGGUUGGGGAAGAACCGAGGAAAGUGAGCUGGCCUCGACGCUGAAAAUGGCAACAUUGCCAGUGAUAGAUGAUAUAGAUUGCUUGGGAAGCGAUCGAGCUCACUUCGGAACCAUGCUGAACCCGGGAAUGCUAUGUGCCGGGCGGAGAAACGGAACCACAGUUUGCAACGGGGACAGUGGCGGAGGAUUGUUCUUCAACCGCAAUGGUGUUUGGUUUUUGGGUGGGAUAAUUUCGUUCAAAAAGCCAAGACCGGGUGACAACAUUUGUGUGUCCGAUGGCUACGCCGGUUUCACCAAUGUGGCCAAGUACCUGUCCUGGAUGACCAAUGUGACGUACAUCGAUUUCGCGACCGAUGACUUUAUAACCCUGUCGUCGCAAUCGAAGAAUAAACGGGCAUUGAUUUACAACUACAGAAGUAUCGCGGAUGAAAAGUGCGCGGAGUACCAGCAAGAAAAGCAGAAAUCAACAAACGUGGAGGGCAGCGUAGUUUUUAUCUAUGACGGUGACUAUCAGACAUGUCUGGCCAACAUUAUCAGUACCCGUUUUUUACUUAGCACCAGUCGCUGUAUACGUUUCAGAAUAGAAGAAGCCCACUUGAGUGCCAGAUUUCCGAAGGAAAAACUCACUGUAUCAAUAGUGGACCCGAUUUUUCCACCAAAUUACCCAUUGCAAGGAUAUGCCAGAAGCCCUAUAAUGCUGAUUGAUUUACGGAGAAACUACGACAACCUAUUGCCAUCCAUUUCCUGCCUCUGGUCGGAUCCCAACGAAAUCACCCUGGAAAGUUUGGAUGAAUUGGGAUUUCCGGCCAAGAUCGACAACCGGAUGCGGACCGCGCUAACCUUAACCGAAUCGGAAGACGAAACGCAGAUAGUGACCUCCAGUCAGUUUCCGUGCGACUACAACCGGAACAUUCUUGGGGUUCGUUUGGACGCAAAGAAACGAAACGAAACAUUCUACCGAAUGGUCGGUCCUCUGGUUAACUGCGAAGAGUCCCGCUAUGCCCGGCUGGAUCCGUUCCUGGACUGGAUCACAUUGAUGGUUUGGCCCGAAAAAAGCCCAGUCGAUUAUUUCGCCCAGUAUAUUCAGAAAAACAAGGAAACCUUGGAGGAAGUUUAUGAAAGGGUGAAGGACAAAGGGAAGGAUCUUACGAACUAUCUAAUAAACACUGACGACGGCUUGCAUAUAAUUGGCGAUGCCGUACGCUAUUAUGCGGAACACUCCGAAAGCAUCCACAGAGAUGUUUCGAACGUCUACAAUGUUAUAAAUGAGAACCGGGAUAAGAUCGGUGACUUUUUUAAAAAUCUAUUUGAAAGGCUAUAAAAAGGUACCAUUAAUUAGAGUGAAUUUCUACUUCUAAUCAACACUCGAUGUUUGGAUUACGAUUUAUCAAAAUAAAAAAAAUAAAGUGUGAUGCAGCAUUUCCAUAAUUAGCGUGUCUUCUCAAUAUACACCGAAAAAAUAG